CCUGAAACAAACGAAGAAUAACAAUGAACGGCUUGGAAAGGACAGAUGGUGACAGUCCCGUUAACGAGAUGCGGAAUCAGAGUAUGCAUUUCGAGCCCGUGAACGAGAGUGCCCAGUACCUUUUGCAAAGGACCAAGUAUCGACCGAAAGUCGCCGUGAUUUGUGGCUCAGGAUUGGCAACAUUGGGAACUUUGGUCGAAAAACCAGAUGUGUUUCCCUACGAAGAUAUUCCCAAUUUCCCCGUGUCCACGGCUCCUGGUCAUAAAUCCCGAUUGCUUUUCGGCAUUUUGAAUGGAGUGCAAGUGAUGCUCAUGCAAGGAAGAUUUCACUUGUAUGAGGGGUACUCCAUUUACAUGUGCGCUAUGCCGGUUCGAGUGAUGCACUUGGUCGGGAUCAAAUCCCUGAUUGUGAGCAACGCAGCCGGGGGACUCAAUUCCAAGUUCAAAGUGGGCGACGUGAUGAUGCUCCAGGAUCAUGUCAACCUCCAAGGGUUUGUCGGGAUUAACCCAUUAGCUGGAAGAACUGACACCAGGUUUGGUCCGCAUUUCUUUGCCACGAACCAUGCUUAUGACCGGAAAUGGAGAGCCAAAUGCCGACAGAUCAUGGAGGACCUGGGACUGGGGGACCAUUGCCGAGAAGGCGUCUACUCAAUGGUAGGGGGUCCCAAUUUUGAGACCCCGGCGGAAUUGCGAUUAUUGCGGAUGCUAGGAAUCGAUGCCAUAGGAAUGAGUACCGUGCACGAAGCGUUAACAGCCGUCCAAUGUGGCAUGAGUCUGUUUGCAUUCUCGCUCAUUACCAAUGCCUGUAUCACCGAUUAUGAGGUCGACCAAGGUGCUAGUGUGGCUGAAGUCAUGGAAACCGCUCACAAUCGCGAGGAGGACCUUAAAAUCAUCGUCGGCCGAUUAGUGGCCGCAAUGGGUAGCGAGACUCAGGCUCUUUAACGUCUUUGACUCCUGAGACAACUGAACGUCCUUGCAUUCUAAUUCCAAUGUUUGCCAUCAAUAUUUGCUCAUUAUCUAUAUCUCCUUCGCCAUAAAAAGUCUGUUACCAAACACA